AUGGCAGAUACAAAUAGGAGCGAGCAGGGCAUUUUCCCCGAUGUUGUGGAAGUACCAGAGAGGCUUGACGAGCAACACAUAUUCACAACCAAGACCCUCGGCUUCCUAAUCCAUCCAAAUAUCCCUUCUCCAAGGCCCAAUGCCAAGAUCGCAGACAUCGGCACCGGAACCGGCAUAUGGCUUUUUGAUGUCGCCGAAUCACUCCCACCAACCUGCCAGUUCACCGGUUUCGAUGCCACUUCUUCCUCUUUCCCCUCACCGGAUUCCCUCCCCCCAAACGUCACCUUCAAACUUCAAGACAUGCACCGCCCGUUCCCAGAAUCCGAAAUCGGAACCUACGACAUCGUCGCCGUCCGCUUCGUCAGCAGCGCAACCCCGCGCACCGAGUGGACAGAGACGAUCAAGAAUCUCAUGACCCUGCUCAAGCCAGGCGGCUGGCUCCAGUGGAUCGACUCAUGCAACUUUGCCCUGUAUAACUCGAUCCCAGGCACACCACGUAGGGCAUGCCAGGAAAUCUAUGACGGUCUCGAGCCGUUUCGUCGCGGGCAGGAUCCCGUCAUUGGACUGAUGAUGCGUGAUGGGAGACGUGUCAACCGAGAGGAGAUUUGGAGGGAAUUGGGGCUUGUGGAUGUGCACGAGGAUGUCUUUUCAACGGAUCGGUUGCAGGAACCGGAGUUGCGGUUGAGGGAAAAGGGGACACGGAAUAUGAUCGUGUGUUUUGCACAGUGCUUGGAGAGUUUGGUUGGUGUAGAGGGAAAUGGCUGGACGAAGGAGAGGGUUAGGAGGCUAGAGGAGGAGGCUAUGAAGGAGAUUGAAAAUGGAGUUUAUUGUACAUUGGAUCAGGUUUGCAUUGUUGGGAGAAAGGCUGGGGAUCAGGGGAACUGA